ACUAGUGAUUAUUUUGUUCAAACUAAAAGGUGCAGGACCCUCUACGUUUAAAGAAGGAAGCAGAUCUCUAAAGAUUUACAACAGAAUAUUUACCACAAACUGAACGUUACUCCUCAGUCUUCGUGAAUAUUCACAAUGAAUUUCAUAGAAAAACUUUUCAAAAUUGAUCAAGAACUGGGUCCUGAAGAAGUUGAAGGACUGAAGUUCCUCUGUCGUGAUUUAUUAUCUGCCAAGAAAUUAAUGGCGGUGAACUCAGGGCAGGAUCUUUUCAAGCUACUUAUAGACACCGAUUUAAUACAUGAAAAUGAUGAUUUCCUCCUGGCAGAGCUUCUGUUCAUUUUAAGACAACAUUUACUCCUUAAAUAUCUUAACACCAACAGAACUAAGGUAGAGGAAGAACUCAGGAUACGAGGGAAAGUAUCACUAUAUAGACGGAUGCUUUUUAACCUUUCAGAAAAUAUUACUGUGCAAAAUCUAAAGGAGAUACUCUUCCUAUUAGGUGAUAAAAUUCCAAAGAAACUGGCGGAGAAGAUGUCUGCUUUAGAUAUGCUGUGUCAUCUAGAGAAGAUCGGAAAAAUAUCCGAUGAUAACUUGGUAGUUCUGGAAAACGUCUUUGAUCGCGUUUCACCUGAUCUUCGAAAAACAAUUACAAUCUAUGAAGCGGAAAAAGUUGCACAACUACGUCAGGAAACAGAACCCUGCAAUAAGCUACCUUGUGUGGCCAGCUCUUAUGAAGACAGAUUACAGCUUCCAGUGUCCAUCCAGGUUACUAACCCGGACAAUAUGGAACACUCAUAUGAUGAUAUGGAAAGCAUCGUGGAGCAUGUGCAGAAUGUACAAGGAGACGCCGAACAAGCAGAUGAUAAAGCAUCUUCUGAAAAUGCUGAGUGCCUUAUUUCUGGGCUUACGAUAGGAGACAACGUUGACACUCAUAAAAAGACCACAUCAGAGAACAAUUUUUACCCAAUGAACCAAAAACACAGAGGUUACUGUCUGAUAAUAAAUAAUGUAAAUUUCGUCAAGAACAAAAUAAGAGAAGGUACACAAAAAGAUGCUGAGGACUUGGAGAGAGUGCUGACUUGGCUGGGACUGGAAGUAAAGACUUUACACAACCAGGAUAAAGAUAAUAUCCAUAACAUUUUGGUGGAAUACCGAAACAAAGACCACACUGACAGAGACUGCUUCAUUUGCUGUAUCUUGACGCACGGGGAAUCGGGCGCAAUCAUGGGAUCAGAUGAUCAAAUCCUACUUAUUCAUGAAAUGAUGUCUUUGUUCACUGCUACAAGGUGCCCAUCUCUAGUUAAGAAACCAAAACUUUUUUUCAUACAAGCGUGCCAAGGAAAGCCCACACAGAAAGGAUAUCCCAUAGAAACUGAUGCCAUUGCUGAUGAUCAUCAUAUCACUCAAACUAUUCCAGAUGAUGCAGAUUUCCUUCUAGGAAUGUCAACAGUGAAUGGUUAUGCUUCACUGCGCCACGUCAGAGAGGGAGCGUGGUACAUUCAGGCCCUAUGCAAAAACCUGGUAGAAAUGGUUCCACGCCAAGAAGAUAUUUUAUCUAUUCUUACAAAAGUCAACAAGGAUGUGAGUCGAAUGGAAGACCCAAAAGAAGGGAGGAAACAGAUGCCACAACCAGCUUACACCUUAACAAAAAAGCUUAUAUUCCCUGUACCCCAAGAUCCUUUUCCACACAAAUUAUCUACCUCACAAUGUGAAUCUAGAGUGUAAAAAUCAUGUUGGAAUAACUUAAAAAGCAACUAUUUUUAUAUAAAAUAUGAAUGUAACCUCAUUUUAAAGUUAUGUACUGAAUUCGCCAUUAUAUCCUGUUUGUUCUGAGUUUUACUAUGUAUUACUGUGCUGAAUCUUCCUUUAAUCUUAUGGCUUAACAUAUCGGCAUUAAUGAGUUCCUCAGGAUAAAGUUUCUUUUAUAACUCCCUGUAUUUAUCUCAAAUAUAUUUUGAGUAUUUAUUUCUUCAGCCAAAGACUUUUCGGAUCUCAAGACUUGUGUAUCCUAGACAAAUGCAAUAGUAUUUGAAUUGUACACAUUUUUAUUCUGAAUAUAAACAUAUAUAUUAACCAGUUUGUUUAGAUGAGCCAGACUUUACUGAAUGUCUUUACCUAUAUUUUUUCCAAUAGUUUAUAUUAAUCCCCUAUUUUGGAUAUUGUUUUGUUAAAUUAGUUAUAGUCCAACCCUAAAUGGUCAUUGUACUUAACACAUCUCUACUGAGAAUGUGAAAGAGUAGUAAUAAAAGAUUUAAAAUUAUAAUUCCAUGAAAUAAAGGUUAACUAAAAAACUGCUUCAACUAAAACUGAAACAAGAACUAUGUUUUAGCACAACUGAUACUUAAGUAUCAGUUGUUUUAUUGAUAGAUAAUGAUAACUCCAAUAGCUUUAUAGGUGUGCAGGAACAUACCUCCCAAAGCCUGGUAAGAAAAAUAGGAUGUAUUCAGCACAGGAACAUCCAUUAACAAAAGGAUAAAAUACAUUUCAAUGUAUUCUUUUUUAGAUGGAACAUAGAGAAAAAUUGAAUAUAUUGUCGCUUUAAGAUUCAGUAGGAAGAAGCUUUAAGAGAGGUUAUUAUUGAAAAUGGAAAAUGCAUUUUCCUUCCUAAGAUAGGGAGAGAGUUCACGGCUUCAUUCCUUACUGUUGGGAAAUACAACACCUGGCCACCAGGAGGAGGCAAAGACAACCCAGCCAAAGGCUUAAAUAUCCCACCCACUUCCUCAUUACCCCAGACAUUCUUUGCCUUUCGUCAUAGGAGGUGGCAGAGAAGUGUCAGAAGAUUCAGAGAGUCCUGAAAAAGAUCUGCCCUUCAAGAUAGGACUGGAGUUUUAAGUAGUCAUGUCAACCUCUCAGUUAGAGUAUUGAUGAAAGUUAGAGUCUAGAGAUGCAGGGAAAGUUUUUCUGCGAAACCAUCCAGAUUACUGCUAACAGCUCCUAAGCAAUCAGUGUUGACGAGUUUCACUGCCUGCUUUCUCUCACUCAAGUCUAUGUCAGGAGCGCUGCUAAACUAAUGUCACACUUGAGAAGCUGUGUUCUGUUCCACAGCAUGGAUCUUGGAGGUAAGAUUGUUUCAAUUUUUACACAUAAAAACACUAUAACAGGGUCACAGUGUGGCUCCUUUAUACCUUGAUAGGAUUUAGGGUUAAUAUCCUCUGAAGGGGGUUUAUUGAACAGUUGGGGUAAAUUAAUCAGUGUAUUAUUUAUUUACAUGCUGCUUUGUGUGAUUUCUUCCUGGGCUGAUAGACUGUGUGUUUUUUGGCUGGAAAAAACAGGUUUCACUUUUAAGUUUCACCUUUGUUUUUGAAAGUGUUGCACAGCUCCUAUUACUUGCUGUACUUGUAAUAACAUCUAUGUUCAUUCCCUCUAUUCCGCCUGAGAAUUGAACCUGAGGAGAGAGUUCCUGUGUUAACUGUCUGGGUCUAGGAGGGGGUGAGUGCCCCAGCCAUGGGGAGCAUAUAUAAAAAACCUGAGCUAUGGAGGACUCGGUCAUGUUAGAAGGUACUCCUAUACUAAAUCAUACCUGUUUAUAUUGUGAGAAGGCCGUGGUUUUUCCGCCCACUCAAUUAUGUUCCACAUGCCUUAACACUGUUAUAAAGUCUAAGGAGGGAGACAAGCCUGCUAGAGCUCUCAGUCCCUCUGAGCCUUCUAUCUCUCAGGACUUGGCGUCCUGUGAGAUUACUACCCUUGCUACAUUAUCCACUCCACAUGCAGUUCCCCGUAGCACAUCUAAUCCUCCAUCCGAAGGGGGGCCUUCUUCAGUUACAAACGGCGGUGUCUGCGGCUCUCAGUGCAUUACCUUGCUCUAACAAACGCAAUAGAAAGGUUAAACAUAGCUCUCCUAUCCCGGAGUCAUCUAAAUAUUUAUUGGAUUUAGCUAUUAUGUCCCAGUUAACCUCUGUAGCUUCAGAGGGUGAACUUUCUGGUUCGGAGUCCUUAGCAUCUAAGCCUCCUGCUGCAGAGGAACCGUCCUUUAGAUUUAAAAUUGAGCACUUGCGUUUUUUUAUUAAAGGAGUUCUGUCUACGUUAGAGGUUCCAGAGGCCGCACUGCCUGAAGAACCUAUGUUACCUAAAUUAGACAGAGUUUACGAAGACAGGAAAGUUCCUUUGCUUUUCCUGUGCCGGUUAAAAUGGUGCGAAUGAGAGAGAAUUGGUUCUUCCUUUUCCCCUCGUCUACUUUUAAAACGUUGUUCACAGUCCCAGACUCUCAACUGGAUUUGUGGGGCUCCAUUCCUAAUGUGGAUGGUGCUAUCUCUACACUUGCUAAACAUACUACUUUACCUCUUGAGGAUAGUUCUUAGUCCAGAGAGCCGAUAGAUAAGAAAAUGGAAACCUUUCUGAGAAAGAUGUUUCAACAUACGUUUUUUUUUUGUUUUAACUGGCGGCUGCAGUUUCCGCGGUUUCCGGACCGGCUACCUACUGGUGAGACUCCUUGUCGGAACUCAUUGAGGUGGAGUCUCCCCUCGAGGAUAUUCAAGACAGAAUUAUAACUCUGAGACUUGCUAAUUCCUUUAUCUGUGAUGCGAAGUCCAGACUCCUUUCUCUUCCCUUCAAGGGAAAGAUUUUAUUGGUCCAGGCUUGGACUCCAUUAUUUCUAUGGUUACCGGAAGCAAGGGUGCCUUCCUACCGCAAGAUAAGAAGAACCAGUCUAAGGGGCGACAAUAUCCUAAUUUCAUUCCUUUCGUUCUGACAAAUCCCAAUGACAACAAUCCUCCUCCAAGCCUGAGCAACACAAGAGUACUUGGAAGCCUGCUCGGUCCUGGAAUAAAUCCAUGCAGAAUAAGAAGCCCGCUGAAAACAAAUCGGCAUGAAGGGCGGCCCCGAUCUGGGAUCAGAUUGUGUAAGGGGCAGACUGUCUCUUUUUUCAGAUGCUUGGUUCCAAGACGUGCAGGGUCUGUGGGUCCUGGAGGUGAUAUCUCUGGGAUACAAGAUAGGUUUCAAAUCUCAUCCGCCCAAGGGCAGAUUCUUACUCUCGAACCUGUCUACCAGACCAAAAAAGAGAGAUGCUUUUCUAGGGUGCAUUCAGAAUCUAUACUCCUUAGAAGUUAUUGUCCCGGUGCCUAUCAAAGAAAGAGGUUUGGGGUUUUAUUCAAACCUUUUCGUGGUCCCAAAGAAGGAGGGAACUUUCCACCCGAUUCUGGACCUAAAGUGCUUAAACAAGUUUCUCAGUGUUCCUUCUUUCAAGAUGGAGACGGUACAGUCCAUUCUUUCUCUAGUUCAGAAAGGACAGUUUAUGACCACCAUAGAUCUCAAGGAUGCAUAACUUCAUGUUCCAAUACACAGGGAACAUUUUCAGUUUCUGAGGUUUGCUUUCCUGGAUCAGCACUUCCUGUUCAUUGCACUUCCAAUUGGUCUAGCUACUGCUCCAAGAAUCUUUACGAAGGUUCUGGGGGCCCUUCUAGCCAUUGCAGGAACCCAAGAGAUCGCAGUAGCACCAUACUUGGACGAUAUUCUGAUGCAGGCACCAUUCUUUAGUCUUGCAGAAGAACACUCUGAGUCUCUUCUCAUUCUUCGAUCACAUGGAUGGAAAAUAAACUUGGAAAAGGGUUCUUUUAUCCCAAAUACCAGGGUGGAAUUCCUGGGUACUAUCAUAGACUCCAUAUCCAUGAGGAUAUUUCUAACAGACCAGAGACAUUGUAAUCUAACUUUGGCUUGGCUUGCCCUCCGGAGCUCCUUGAGUCCCUCUGUGGCUCAGUGUAUGGAGGUGAUUGGUCUUAUGGUGUCCUGCAUGGACAUCAUCCCUCUCGCCAGAAUCCAUCUCAGGCCUCUACAGCUAUGAAUGCUGAGAUAGUGGAACGACGAUAAUUCAGAUUGGUCCGAACAGAUUGUAUUAGAAUCGCUCUCUUGGUGGCUCUGUCCAGAUCAUCUGUCCCGAGGGACAUGCUUCUUAAGACCAUCAUGGGAGAUUGUGACUACGGACGCAAGUCUAUUUGGAUGGGGAGCUGUUUGGGGUAGUUCUCCCUUCCGAUCAAUAUAUUGGAACUAUGGGCAAUCUUCAACUCCUUGAAGGCUUGGUCCCUUCUGGGUUCGUCCUAUUUUAUCAUAUUCCAAUCAGACAACAUAACCUCAGUUGCCUACAUCAACCAUCAGGGGGGAACAAGCGCUGCGGAAUCUGUUGGCGCUCUACAAAUACCUGAUAAUAAUAAUAAUAACAAGAAGUUCCCUGGCAAUGAAGGAAGUAUCUCGGAUACUUGAGUGGGCGGAGACCCACUGCUGUUCACUGUCAGCGAUCCACAUUCUGGGUGUGGACAACUGGGAAGCGGAUUUUCUCAGCAGGCAAUCCUUUCACCCAGGAGAAUGGUCUCUCCAUUCCGAGGUUUUUGCAGAGAUAUGCAGAGAGUGGGGGAUGCCGGAGAUAGAUCGCAUGGCCUCCCGUCUCAAUGCCAAAUUGCCCAGGUAAGGGUCUAGGUCGAGGGAUCCUCAAGCGGAUCUUAUAGAUGCACUAGCAGUGCCCUGGAGGUUCAAACUCAUAUAUCUCUUUCCUCAGUUAAAGUUUCUUCCUCGUGUAGUGGCCCGCAUCAAACAGGAGCGGGCAUCAGUGAUCCUGAUUGCUCCUUUGUGGCCGUGAAGGACAUGGUUUGCGGAUCUGGUGGGGAUGUCCUUAUAUCCACCAUGGAAAUUACCUUGUUGCAGGGAUCUGAUGCUAAAACAGGGUCAAUGUGUUCAUCAAAAUCUAGAUUCUCUGAGGCUGACUGCGUGGAGAUUGAACACUUAGUGUUAGCCAAGAGGGGUUUCUCUGAGAGUGUUAUUGAUACUCUUAUUCAAGCUCCAGUUACGAGGCGCAUCUACCAUAAAGUGUGGAGGACCUACUUAUAUUGGUAUGAAGAGCAUGUUUUUUCCUGGCACAGGGUUAAGGUUCAAAAAGAAAAAGGUAGUCUCGCUGGAUAUGAAGAUAAAACUAUUCUGCUGGCCGAAUUGAGGAUAAAGGUAACGACCCGGAGGUAGCAGUGGAUGUUUUGCUGAGUAAUUUCUCAGCCUGUAUGGGUUACAGAUUCUCCGCAUGUCGAAGCGAAUAAACCUCUGACAGCAGACUCAGGCAGUACGGGAGUACCGGAGGAUUACAAGAUGUAUUUGGUGGCACAGUUUGAACACGCCAUUACAGGGGCAAGUCUGUUUACUCCAUAAGACCCGGACACAGGAACGGGGAGCAAUUUUCAUAUAUAUCUAGGGAUAUACCAUAUAAACUUUCCUUUUUCUAUAGGGUUAAGGUUGCCAGAAUACUAUCUUUUCUCCAGGAUCAACUGGAGAAGGGUCUGUCAGCUAGUUCCCUGAGGGGACAGAUUUCGGCCCUUUCGGUUUUACUGCACAAGACACUGACCAAGCUUUCAGAUGUGCAGUCCUUUGUUAAUGCUCUGAUUAGGAUCAGACCUGUGUUUAGAUCUGGGGCUCCACCUUGGAGCCUGAAUCUUAUUCUUCGUGUUUUGCAACAGGCUCCGUUUGAGCCUAUGCUUUCUGUUGACAUUAAAUUGUUAUCUUGGAAGGUUAUCUUUUUGUUGGCUAUAGCCUCUGUGCGCAAAGUUUCUGAGAUUUCUGCUUUGCAAAGUGAGCCCCCUUAUCUGUUUUUUCAUGCAGAUAAGGCAGUUUGACGCAAUAAAUUAGGUUUUCUACCUAAGGUGAUGUCAGACCGCAUCAUCAAUCAAGAGAUUGUUAUGCCUUCCUUGUGUCCUAAUCCUUCUUCUUCGAAGGAACGGUUGCUUCACAAUUUGGAUGUGGUUCGGGCCUCGAAGUUUUAUCUUCAGGCUACCAAGGAGUAUAGACAAUCUUCCUCCUUAUUUGUUGUCUAUUUUGGGAAGUGUAAGGGGCAGUAGGCUACUACUACUUCCCUAUCUUUCUGGUUGAGGAGUGUAAUCUGCUUAGCUUACGAGACAGCAGGACAUCAGCCUCCUGACAGGAUAACGGCUCAUUAUACCAGAGCAGUGGCUUCCUCCUGGGCCUUUAAGAAAGAGGCUUCUAUGGAUCAGAUUUUUAAGGCGGCAACCUGGUCCUCCUUACAUACUUUUUCUAAAUUUUACAAGUUUGAUGUUUUCGGGAGAAAAGUUUUGCAGGCUGUGGUGCCCUCAGAAUAGGAUCCGCCUCUUCUUUUUUGCUCCCUCCCGUUAUUCAUUCAGUGUCCUCUAGAGCUUGGGUAUAGUUUUCCCAACAGUAAGGAAUGAAGCUGUGGACUCUCCCUAUCUUAGGAAGGAAAACAUCAUUUAUGCUUACCAGAUAAAUUCCUUUCCUUCUGGAUAGGGGGAGUCCACGGCCGUUUUUUCUUGUCUAAGGGGCGGCUCGCUAAUAUUUAUCUUAUUCUUCUGGCACCAUUUAUAUUUUGAUGUUUCUCCUACUUUCCUUGUUCCCUCGGCAGAAUGACUGGGGUAAUGAGGAAGUGGGUGGGAUAUUUGAGCCUUUGGCUGGGGUGUUUUUGCCUCCUCCUGGUGGCCAGGUGUUAUAUUUCCCAACAGUAUGGAAUGAAGCCGUGGACUCUCCCUAUCCGGAAGGAAAGGAAUUUAUCUGGUAAGCAUAAAUUAUGUUUUUGUUUCUUUUAUCACUAAAUUAGAUUUUUACCUAAUACACAUCAGGGAGAACAACAGCAAAUAAUAGAGACUUUGGGGCCGAUUUAUCAAGGGCCAAAUGGCCCCUGAUGCCCCAUAAACAUCAGUUAUGAAGCAGCAGUCUUAAGACCGCUGCUCCUUAACUGAUCCGCUGCCUCUUAGGCUGCCGACAUCAAUCCGCCCAAUCCUAUACGAUGUUGAUUGACACCCCCUGCUAGCGGCCGAUUGGCUGCGAAUCUGCAGGGGGCAGCAUUGCACAAGCAGUUCACUAGAAUUGCUUGUGCCAUGUUAAAUGCCGACAGCGUAUGCUGUCGUCAUUCAACGAUGUCUGUUGGAUAUGUUAAAAGCAUCAUGAUAAUAGUGAUAUUUGAAAAAGGGAUCAGUUUUGCAAACUAGAUUGGCUGUGAAAUAUUAUACAGGGCUGAAAUCAGUGUCUGAAGGCAAGCUCUCCAACAGGCAAUUUACUAUACUUUUCUGUGGGCUUGCUUCUCUGACACUGGGGGAUUUUAAAAGCAGCCUUGCCAUCGGCAUUAAAGGUAUUAUCAUGUAAUGUAAAUGAUACAGUAUUUAUUGAAAAUACAUGUGUAAACUAAACCUCUUGCAUUCCAUACAAUAGCAGAACUAGGAUAUGAAUGAUAAACCUAGGAGCUGGAGGAUUGUGGGUACAUUGUACAUGUGUAUACACUGUGCUAUGUAUAGGUAAUAUACGGUAAAAUAAUAUAUGAUGUCAUUAAAGUCUGUUUGUUAUUUGAAUAAAUCUGUUUUUAACUUUUGGUGUGUUCUUUUCUUUUUUGGAAGAAUAUUCAUGUAUGGGAUAGUAAUAUCCCACAGAAGACAGUAGCUUUUUUUGUUUUACUAAAGUGCGUUUUUUCAGCUUUGCACUGCUAAACUUCUAAUAUUGCGACCGCUCUGUAGCAAAUGUGUUCUAUAUAAAUUUCACGUUUGUUACGGUGUAGUCGCAGUUAAUUAGACUUAAAACACAUUCAGUACAAUAAAACUAAAAGUGGCUAUAACAAAUACAAUAUUAAAAAAGUCAUCAAUUCCAAAAAACACGGCACAAAUCUGAAAAGACACGGUUUAGUAAAAAAAAAAAACUGCAGCUACUGUCUUCUAUGAGAUAUUAAUAUGCCAUAAAAAAAAUGUCCUUCCUAAUAAGAAAAGAGAACGCUAAAAGUUAAAAUACGAUUAUUUAACGAAAAUAAUCUUACUAUAUAUUAUAGAAUUUCACAGUAUAAUACAAACAUAUAAGAAAUUGUAUACCCAUGUAUAAUAUAUCCACAAUCCCACAGCUCUGAUAGGUUUCUUAUUAGGUUUUUUUUUCACUCUUUGUUAACAAUGGUGAUCUCAUACAUAGCAAAUAUAUAGGCGGUUCAUGGGCAUUCCAUGGGAGUAACCAGUAUUUUAAUGGGGAAACAUUGCUAGGAGUUUCUAAGUUUAAUAGGAAUAUCCUGCAUCUUGAGGCAUCUUUUUACACAUACCGGUUUCCACAGCCAUUUUAUGGCAAGAUUUUCAAUUAUAAGAAAUCUACUGAAUGUACAGUGAAACUUAGUUUACAUUUGUAUUUUGCUAAUUGUUACUACACAGAAACUAUUUUUAGUUUUAGUGACUGCACAUCCUAUGUUGUGUAAACAUGCUCUGAAUACACUCCUCCUCCCCGCUGCCGAGAUCAAGUUCACUGGUAAUGUGUGCGGAUUUUUGAUCAGGCAGCAGUCCCUAUUGUUUCCUAUGGAAUGAACAUCACCACUCGUUGGUACAGAGAGGGUCAGGCCACUUUUGUUUAAAAUGUCCCCAGACGCACAGAUUGUGAGACUUUUGAGCCAAAAUAGGAUGAUCCUUUUAUUAUCUAGCCUAAAUGAGCAUUUGGUAAUUGUACAAAAUCAUUCUGAUAUAGGAGGAGAGGAUAGAAGGAAAAGCCUAUUUAACAAAGGUCUGUCGGACCUGAUCCAACAGUGCAGAUCAGGUCUGACAGACCUCGCUGAAUGCGGAGAGCAAUACGCUCUCUGUAUUCAGCAAUGCACCAGCAGCUCUUGUGAGUGCAACGCCGCCCCCUGCAGAUUCGCGACCAAUUGGCCGCCGGCAGGGGGUGUCAAUCAACCCGAUCGUACUCAAUUGGGUUGAAUUGCAGAGAUGUCUGUCCGCCUGCACAGAGCAGGCGGACAGGUUAUGGAGCAGCGGUCUUUAGACCGCUGCUUCAUAACUGGCCUGCAUGCUCGCCAGAAACACGGGCCCUCAAGCUCCAUCCAGAGCUUGAUAAAUGGGCCCCAAAAUGUUAUAUGUUAUAGCUAGUGUCCCAAGCCUCUAGAGGUCACUAAGAAGGUAAGCACAAUUAACUAUUAUUACAAAUGGAAAGAGUGUGCUUGAGUCAUGGAUGAUUGACAAGCUCUGCUUGCAUGUGAGCAGGGGGAGGGUCUAUGCAAAUACAUACUUGUACAAUGCUUUGUAUAUACACGCUCAUCCGACAGCAUUGGGGGAAUAAAAGAUUCAGGUUCUACACUGAUAAAAAUAAACUUUAUUUUUACAUAAAAAUGUGAAUUCUCCUCCCUUUUAGCCAUUCCUAUUCUUCUUGUGAGUAAUUUCUUAGCCUUUUUUAAAGCUGUUUGCAGACUUUUGCACUCUUUCAUUUUAAAUAUAAAAAUAUGCCAAAUAACAAGUGACCAUCCAAAAUUAAAGUGGUAUUGAAUGUAUUUGUAAAUUUUAAUACACAAAUUAGAAUAUAUUUUUUUCCAAUAGUUUACAUUUAGUAUAUACUAUUUAAAGUUUUUGGAAUGUUGCACUAUUAUGCACUUUACAAAAGAAAAUAAAUGAGUAAAAUGUCUAUAAUGUAUGCUUGAUAUAUUUUAAAACUUUUUUCAGUGUAUGCAUGACUAAUACCCUGAGCAAGCUGCAUUUGCGUAGGAAACAAAAUAAAAAAAUAAUAUAUAUAUACAUACUCUAUAUAUAUGUUUCAAAAUUUCUUACAUGAUUUAAUAAUAAAUUUGUACCUUUUUCCCAUGUCACUCUUCUCUGAGUUUUUAGUAAACCACAUGUGGAUUUUUAUUUUUUUAAAAAAAAGGAAAUAUAAGCCAUUACACAAAAACAUAAAUUACCAUAUGCAAUAGGAUAACUUGUUUUUUUUAGUAAUGCGCACAAGGCAAAAAACAAGGGUGCUGGGUAAUACAGGUGAUAUUAAAAUCUUAUUUCCCGCAACACCUUUUUUCUGGAAUUUCAUGGCAUUUGGCGCUUUUUAGGUGUUGCAUCUAGCAUUGCUUAUGAUUCAGUCAGGCUAAUGCCACAGUGUUUGCUUAUAAUCGAUAAGAUUUUGAAUCAGUAGAUUCCUCUUUUAAGAUGUUUAAAAGAUGAUGGAUGGUGAUAUUUUUUGAUGGUUAGAUGAUGAGUUAGGAUUACUAUAGUUUCCCUUUAUAGUGAAAUGCUUAUGAAAAAUGCCUGAUAUAAGACAGAGUUAUAAAAGUGCAAUAUUUAUUGGAAUUGAUGCUUGUCUUACUAUAAAGUACGAUUACAUCUUUAAAGAUCAAUUUGUGUACUAGUGUGAUGCCCAUAUUUUCAAACACAUAAGAAUUCUCCUGCCCUAUUGACAUUCUGUGUUUUGUUCUUUAAGUGUUUUGUCUUUGCAACCGUGAUCACCUCAUAACCACUAUAGUGUUUCUCACAGAGAGACUAUCUUCCCUAGUGUUUACAUACACCUUUUUAUGUGAAUGAGAGAGUUAUAUUUUCCUGUAGAGAUCACAACCACAUACAGUUCACAUACUGUACAUUUAGCUGCCAUUAACAGGUAAAUACUUACUUUGUAAAUGUAUUAAUAGUCUCAUUGUACAUUUUUUCAUGGUUUGAUAUGCUGUUUUCAGAAAACAUGAGAAUGUUAAGCAACAUUAAAAAUAGGUGGUAAAUGUUGGUGUCACUAUUACAUCCCCAUGUAUUUGUAACAUCUACAGUGAUUCAUACUAGUACCAGGAUGUGAUUUAGGUGUACAAUCUUUCUAGGAACAAUGCUAUCCCAAUAUAGUUGACACUCUAAUGGAUUACAUUAUUUAAAUAGUGGCAGAGCUGGUAUUCUGUUAUCACUAACAGGUAACUUUUCACAGGAAAAAAAAAUAUUAACUGCAACUAAUGUUAGAUUUAUUUUAACUGAAUAUACGGUUUUAUUACAAAACCUACAAUAAAGUCGCUAGAGCUUGGCUCAUGGUGUUUUCAGUAGAUCUUACUGGUAGUUUUAGUGUGGGGGAAAUCACAUUAAUCUUGUAAAAUGAUUUAACCAAAGACUAGUUAAAGAGAUGACAAAAGUUACCACCAAAGAAUGGCUUGUGCUAAAGUUGGGUUACCAUGUGACUGCAGAAACCAUGGUAGCCAUGUUUAUCACAUGAAAAAGCAAAUGCUAACUAUAAGUAAUUGACAUUACUGAGGGGAAAAACAAACUUUUAUUGUAAGGGAAUUUUAUACAGGAAUUUAACAAGAUACUGCCACUUAGAACAAAAUUAUUUAAGUAAAUACAGUGGGACAUACACCCUUGUUCUAAGACAUCUGUUAAUUGUUUUCAAACGUAAAUCAUAAAUAACCGAUUUAGGCUGUAUUUACAUUUGGAACAUAAUCAUUUUUAGCUCCUCAUCUAAAUCUUUCAUCUGGUCUGUUAUAGGUAUUUAGUAGCUGGAGUUGAGACACACUAUAUAGUAACAUACUACCUGGAUGACUACAUUAUGUUGGUUUGAAUUGUAACAAAGAUUUUUUAAGGAAAAAAAUACUAAUACAUUAAUACAAAUUAACAGUGUGAUGUGGAUAUUGUAGAGUGAUUGCAUAUCUAAAAACCCAAUGAUACUCAUAACCUGAAACACUUGAACCAUAUCCUUGUAUACUUGAUGAUUUUUAUAAGAGUACAUGUGUCUAAUUAUGUUUACCUAUGGAACAAGAUCAUUGAACAUUCAAUUUCUAUGUGUAAUUGUACAAAUAUUUAUGUUUAUAGAACAUAUGCGAUUGUCCUUGUUCAGAUAGUAAGAUACUAUGAAUUCUACAUUGGUAAUAUUAUUGUAAUAAUAUAGCAAUAUAUAGCGAAAAAACAGUACUGUUUCUGUAUAAAAAAAGAAAUGAUGUUCUUUAAAUGUUUUAUAUGGUAAACUUUUAUUGCAAAACUGAUAUUUCCAACAACGCAAGCUUAUAUACAGUGUGUGUGUGUGUAUAUAUAUAUAUAUAUAAUGGUGUCAUAAAAAAUGUGCAUGUGUAAAGUGUCCUACAAGAAGUGAUUAAUAAAGAAAAGCUUCUGUUAGCUGUUUUAUGGA